CCCCCACAUUGCAACCACUUCUCUCCACCCAGCGGCGAGGGCUACACGAGGACGCCAUCCACUGUGUGCCGGAGUGAUGGCGACCAGAGCGGGGGCGCACCUGACGUAUCUGACGCUGUCGAGAGCGGCGAUGGGACCGACGGCAAUUUUCUGUUCAGCACAUCGGCAUGGGGGGGACAGUGAUCUGGACCAGCAGUCAGGACACGCCACCAACGGCAAUGACAACAACGGCGACAGCCCCACGACGGGCCUCACGGGGCUCUUCGGCAAUGAUAAUGGCGUCUCGGGCAGCGCAUGGGGCAACAACGGGCAGAAAAACUUCUUCGGCAACAGGCGAUCUGGUCCGUCACACAACCAGGAAGACGGAGAACGAUGGCGAGCAGUGUGUGGGGGUGUCUGUGCGUGCAGGUGUGGGCGGCCAGUCCAUGUCGACGACCCGUCCGUCCAACGAGCGUGGCAUCAAGAUCGAGAUCAAGAAGCAGAUGCUCGACGCGUCCAUCAUCAACAGCACCACAGCAGACGCCGCCGGCAUCGGCAACGCCACAGCCUCCCCCCCUCCCGAGGCACCCGACCCAGCACCCCCUCCCCUACUCAGUGGCAGCCCCCUGACCACACAGACCACCACCACCACAACACCAGCAACACCAGCAGCAGGAUGACGAGACCAUGGCAUCGAUCAGCCCAAGAAAGCGGCAGCGGUAACCGCUGCUGCUGCCGAUGGGUCGAUAAUGUGUGACGGUGAGACGUCGUCAGGACAGCCGGCUGCUUUCCCCUCCAUCUUGACGGCCAAUGGCGGCGGCGGCGGUGACGCAGACACGCAAAACGGGAUGGGGAGGGAGGACUGGAGGCAGCCUCGACAAGGAGGCAGGGAGGGAGCCGACGACGAGCCCACGAUGGCUGCCUGGAAGCGCUCACUGCUCUUAAAGAGUAGUGGCGUGGAAGGGCAGCCAUAGAUCGGUGGGCGGGGCUGACUGUCCGUCAGCCCCAUCAGUGGCCAAGGCCCUCAAGGCCCCGCAUUUCCAC